GAGUUGUACUUUGGAAAUACAUGCAGAAUAACACAGCUACUCUAAAUCGUGUGUUUAAAGUUACAGCUGUCAUUACAAAUCACAUUGGGAAAUAACAGAAAUGGGACAAAACUUCUUUUCCAGGAUAAAAGUUACAAUGACAUGCGCCGUUGCCCAUUGUAUGCUGUUGAUAAUUUAUACAGAGGCGUAUGAAAACCUAGCAUUAAACAAACCAGCAUGGCAGGAACAUGUCUGGCCUGAAGAACCCUUUGAUAAGGACUGGGAGGCAGGGAAGGCUGUGGACGGACUAUACACAGACCGCUCAGCAGGAGGAAAACAAUGCACCAUUUCGGGCCCAGGUCAAACAACAGCGACGUGGAGAGUGGACCUGGGGAGUGUGGUCAGCAUCAGUCACAUUGACAUCUACUACAGAAAAGAAAAGGACCCCAGUAAGUGUUCAGAAUGUAAAAGAUUUCAGCUCCUGAAAUUUCAAGUUCUCAAUAUUUACAAUAGUUAA